CCCGCCCAUUCCGGACCUCCAAUCCCUGGUUGAGCGGCACACAUGGCUGUCUGGGGGAGAGCCGCACUCUGAGCACUGCACUCACAGCCCUCCGUGCGGGAAGGAUGGAGGAGGAAGAUGUCUAUCAGCCCUCCCUGGGGCGCCCACCUGGCCGCAAGACUGGGGUGUGGGAUCUCCUGGCACGUGUUGGGAAGAAGAUCUUCUCUUGGUAAAGCAGUGCCUGGCAGGGAAUGGUGGCUCAGAGUUAGUGUGAGUGGCUCAGAUUAGUGCAGCAGGUGUGGGGUCAGGAUGGUGAGAUGGGUAAAGUGCAGGUAUUUAGUGUGAGUGGCUCAGAGUUAGUGUGAGUGGGUCAGAUUGGGUCAGGAUGGUAAGAUGGGUAAAGUGCAGGUAUUUAGUGUGAGUGGUUCAGAGUUAGUGUGAGUGGGUCAGAUUGGGUCAGGAUGGUGAGAUGGGUAAAGUGCAGGUAUUUAGUGUGAGUGGCUCAGAUUGGGUCAGGAUGGUGAGAUGGGUAAAGUGCAGGUAUUUAGUGUGAGUGGCUCAGAGUUAGUGUGAGUGGGUCAGAUUGGGUCAGGAUGGUAAGAUGGGUAAAGUGCAGGUAUUUAGUGUGAGUGGUUCAGAGUUAGUGUGAGUGGGUCAGAUUGGGUCAGGAUGGUGAGAUGGGUAAAGUGCAGGUAUUUAGUGUGAGUGGCUCAGAUUGGGUCAGGAUGGUGAGAUGGGUAAGGUGCAGGUAUUUAGUGUGAGUGGCUCAGAGUUAGUGUGAGUGGGUCAGAUUGGGUCAGGAUGGUAAGAUGGGUAAAGUGCAGGUAUUUAGUGUGAGUGGUUCAGAGUUAGUGUGAGUGGGUCAGAUUGGGUCAGGAUGGUGAGAUGGGUAAAGUGCAGGUAUUUAGUGUGAGUGGCUCAGAUUGGGUCAGGAUGGUGAGAUGGGUAAAGUGCAGGUAUUUAGUGUGAGUGGCUCAGAUUGGGUCAGGAUGGUGAGAUGGGUAAAGUGCAGGUAUUUAGCGUGAGUGGCUCAGAUUGGGUCAGGAUGGUAAGAUGGGUCAAGUGUGGGUAUUUAGUGUGAGUGGCUUAGAUUGGGUCUCUUAGUGCAGCAGGCGUGGGGUCAGGAUGGUGAAAGGGUAAAGUGCAGGUAUUUAGUGUGAGGGGCUCAGAUUGGGUCUCUUAGUGCAGCAAGUGUGGUGUCAGGAUGGUGAGAUGGGUAAAGUGCAGGUAUCUAGUGUGAAUGGCUCAGAUUGGGUCUCUUAGUGCAGCAGGUGUUGGGUCAGGAUGGUAAGAUGGGUAAAGUGCAGGUAUUUAGUGUGAGUGGCUCAGAUUGGGUCAGGAUGGUAAGAUGGGUAAAGUGUGGGUAUUUAGUGUGAGUGGCUCAGAUUGGUUCUCUUAGUGCAGCAGGUGUGGGGUCAGGAUGGUGAGAUGGGUAAAGUGCAGGUAUUUAGUGUGAGUGGCUCAGAGUUAGUGUGAGUGGCUCAGAUUGCGUCAGGAUGGUAAGAUGGGUAAAGUGUGGGUAUUUAGUGUGAGUGGCUCAGAUUGGUUCUCUUAGUGCAGCAGGUGUGGGGUCAGGAUGGUGAGAUGGGUAAAGUGCAGGUAUUUAGUGUGAGGGGCUCAGAUUGGGUUUCUUAGUGCAGCAGAUGUGGAAUCAGAAUAGUGAGAGGGGUAAAGUUCAGGUAUUUAGUGUGAGAGAGAAUGUUUUGGAUAAUGUUGGAUAGUUUAAAUAGAUGGGAUUGACAAUUAAGGUGGUUUGAUGCUAAUUUAUUGGGUUUUACUUGGGUCAUGCAUAUGCAGCACCAUAAUGUAAGAAACAUUAAUCAGACUGGACUGACAGAGAGUCUAAGCUGUAAAAUAGAUCAAGAUUGCCAAUGAUGUACAGAAAGACUGACAAAUAAGAAAACAAGAUUAUUGAGAUGUCAUAAUCUGAGAAACUAUGAUCCAUAAAAGAUUAGCAAACAUUUAAUUUUUUAUAAUGUAUUGUUAAUUGGCAUGUAGGAAAUUACUGCUGACAUACUUUACUUUCAGGAUACCUUUACAUAUAAUUCCUGUUGUGGCUCCAUUACACUCCCUAAACUGAUGUGCAGCUAUCAUGUCUGUAGAACCUGAUAUGGGGGCAUUAAAUAAUAAUAAAUCAAAAUCAUAAUAACUUUGGGAUUUUUGCAUAACUUUUGUUUCAGAAGCCCACUGUCUAACUGCCUUUGUAUGUCCACCACCCUACAUAGUGGUGGCACAGGCAGAAAUAUGCCUUUUGUGCUCUGUGUAAUGCUUGGUAACUUGUACAGGCUGUCUCAUAGAAUCCAAUGGUUGAGCCUGUGCAGCAAAGCUUCAACCAGUAUCAUCACAAAACAAAGCACAGCAAUAUUAUUGUAUCAGAAAUUCUUUCAAUGAAAACAAUUGGAGUGUCAGGUUGGCUGAGAAAGAUCAACCAUUUUAUGGUUUCAGCAGACUCUGAGGCUUCACACUCACUCACUCUCUCACUCUCUCACUCUCCUUCUUGGUAUAAACAAUAUACCUGCCCAGGUGCAAUCCACAAGGCGUCCAAUAUAUAAACAAAAAAGAAGUUUGCAGGAUGCACUCCAGGACUUCAGUCCUGGAGUGCAUCCUGCAAACUUCUUUUUGUGUGUGUAUAUAUAUCUUCUCUCUCUGUAUGGGAGACUGAUUACUGUAUCUUCUCUCUCUGUAUGGGAGACUGAUAUAUAUAUAUAUAUAUACACACACAAAAAGAAGUUUGCAGGAUGCACUCCAGGACUGAAGUCCUGGAGUGCAUCCUGCAAACUUCUUUUUUGUUUAUAUAUUGGACGCCUUGUGGAUUGCACCUGGGCAGGUAUAUUGUUUAUACCAAGAAGGAGAGUGAGAGAGUGAGUGAGUGUGAAGCCUCAGAGUCUGCUGAAACCAUAAAAUGGUUGAUCUUUCUCAGCCAACCUGACACUCCAAUUGUUUUCAUUGAAAGAAUUUCUGAUACAAUAAUAUUGCUGUGCUUUGUUUUGUGAUGAUACUGGUUGAAGCUUUGCUGCACAGGCUCAACCAUUGGAUUCUAUGAGACAGCCUGUACAAGUUACCAAGUUAUAUAUUACACAAGAUCCAGCGCACUCACUUAUCCACUAAACAGCAACUUCAAUGCUUACAGAUUUAUUUAUUUUUUUAAAUAUCUAAUCUAGGCAAAAAAAAUGAUCAUACAUUGCAUAAGCCUGCCACGUCAAUGUACCCCAUCUUUGGCAGGUCCUACUCAAACAGCUUAAUGUCUGUUCUUAUGAGAAUAACCCACUUACUUGGGGAGGGGAGUCUCUCUACAGUACAAGGCUAAAUAGGGCCCUGGAAUGAGGCACCUGUGAUAGAUGGAUAGAUAUCUAUCUAAUUAUUUUUUAUUUUAUUCUGUCACAGUAUAAAAAAAUAGAAACAAAACUAUAUAUAUAUUUUUUUAUACUGUGUGUGUGUAUAUAUAUCAUUUUAUAGUGUGUGUGUGUGUGUGUAUAUAUAAUUUUGCACUCCAUUUACUCAGGUCUAAAAAGCCCGGUGCUUGUCAGCAAAUAAUGUAGAAACAGCAAAAGGAUAGCAAAAGGACAGUUCGUCUUGCAAACUUUCAUCAGGAUAGUAUAUAUACUGUCACAGGAAUACAGGAAAUAACUCCACAACAUCCAUAUACAUAUUAACCUAUAGUGCAAUAUUACUUAAUAAUGUUUUGUUUAGGUAGAGGGAUUGUUUUUUUUUCUUUGUUUGUUUUUUUGUUUUUUUAGUCCGUAGUGAUUUUGUUUGUCAUAAAACCUUUUCUAGAUGUAUUUGAAAUAAGAAACCCAAUCUCCUUCUGAAACAAACGUGUUUAUUUUUGUUCUGAAUUAUCUAUGUGUUUUGUAUCUGUCUACUCUCUCUCUGUGGGAAUUUUUUUGAUUUCAUUGUCUACGUUUUCUGUGCAAGAGUCUUUGGCAAGGAUGGUCACUCAUGGUCUGUCUGAUGUGAUUACCGUAUCACUCUCUGUGGGAGAUUUUGAUUGUGGUGUCUACCGUUUAUCUGAAAGAGUUUUUGGUAAGGGUGGUCAGUCAAUGUCUGUGGUAUGUUUUGUAUUUACCCUCUCUCUCUCUGUGGGAUAUUUUGAUUACUGUAGCUACCCUCUCUCUGUGAUAUUUUGAAAACUGUAUCUACCCUCUCUGUGUGGGAGACUGAUUACUGUAUCUUCUCUCUCUGUAUGGGAGACUGAUUACUGUAUCUUCUCUCUCUGUAUGGGAGACUGAUUACUGUAUCUUCUCUCUCUGUAUGGGAGACUGAUUACUGUAUCUACCCUCUCUGUAUGGGAGACUGAUUACUGUAUCUACCCUCUCUGUAUGGGAGACUGAUUACUGUAUCUACCCUCUCUGUAUGGGAGACUGAUUACUGUAUCUACCCUCUCUCUCUCUCUCUCUCUCUCUCUCUCUCAUAUUUUGAUUACUGUAAAUACCCUCUCUGUGGGAUAUUUUGAUUACUGUAUCUACCCUCUCUCUGUGUGAUAUUUAGAUUACUGUAUAUACCCUCUCUGUGGGAUAUUUUGAUUACUGUUCCUACCCUCUCUGUGGGAUAUUUUGAUUACUGUUCCUACCCUCUCUCUGAGUGAUAUUUUGAUUACUGUAGCUACCCUCUCUCUGUGGGAUAUUUUGAUUACUGUAGCUACCCACUCUGUGUGGGAGACUGAUUACUGUAUCUACCCUCUCUGCAUGGGAGACUGAUUACUGUAUCUUCUCUCUCUGUAUGGGAGACUGAUUACUGUAUCUACCCUCUCUGCGUGGGAGACUGAUUACUGUAUCUACCCUCUCUGUGUGGGAGACUGAUUACUGUAUCUACCCUCUCUGUGUGGGAGACUGAUUACUGUAUCUACCCUCUCUCUCUCUCUCUCUCUCUGGGAGGUUUUGAUUACUGUAUCUACCCUCUCUGUGGGAGAUUUUGAUUGCAGGGUCGACCCUCUCUGUGUAAGAGUCUUUGGUAAGGGUGGUCACUCAAUGUCUGUGGGAGAUUUUGAUUAGUGCCACUGCCGCAGAGACAUGCUAGGAAAGGCAGAUGGAUUACUGUAGGAUCUGGUAGACUUAGAGUUGUGGAUAAAAGGCAUUUUGCACAGUCUGUUGCUCUUCAUAAUUCAUUUUCUGCACUUUCAGAGUGUAAUGGUGUUGUGGAGAGAGGCACCGAGGCUAGUGGUGUUGUGGAGAGAGGCACCGAGGCUAGUGGUGUUGUGGAGAGAGGCACUGAGGCUAGUGGUGUUGUGGAGAGAGGCAAUAAGACUAGUGGUGUUGUAGAGAGAGGCACUGAGGCUAGUGGUGUUGUGGAGAGAGGCACUGAGGCUAGUGGUGUUGUGGAGAGAGGCACUGAGACUAGUGGUGUUGUGGAUACCGGCUUGGAGACUAUGGUGAGGCCUAAUAGAAAGCAGUUGUUGUUGGGGGAUUCCAUUAUAAGAGGUGUGGAGAUGGACAAUGGUGGUCUUGUGAGGUGUCUUCCCUGAGCUACUGCUCACAGAGGCAGGAGACGUAUCUGUAAUAUUGUUAAGCAAGCAAAGCAGGAAGGGGAAUUGGAUGUACUUGUCCAUCUAGGGACAAAUGACUUGGCUUGCAAUGAGGUUUCAGAGGUUAAGGAAGUUUUUAGUGUUUUUGCCAAUGAUAUACGGCAGGUUGCUUCCAUACUGUCAUUCUCUGAAGUUCUGCCUGUGCAUAACACUCAGAACGACAGGCGGAUGCGUAUUAGGGACUUUAAUUUGUGGCUUGGUGAAUGGUGUUGGGAGCAAGGAUUUGGCUUUAUGGUAGCUCUGUUUGGAAUGGAAAUAACUGUACAAAAAGGAUGGUUUGCAUCUUUCUCAAAAGGGAACAAAUGUUCUCAGUGAGCAGUUCAGAGGUUUUGCUAGGAUGUAUUUAAACUAGGAGGGGGGGGCAAAAGGGUGAUAAAACAUCAAUCCAAUUGUCCCCCAAAACAAGGACAGAAGGUGCCUGUAGCAAGUGUGUUAAAAAAUGAUAAGCUUAGAGUCAUGUCUACAAAUGCUCGCAGUUUAGGGAAUAAGAUCCAUGAACUUGUGGCAAUAAUGGCAACUGAUAGUGUAGAUUUAGUCGCUGUUACUGAGACAUGGUACAAUGAGAAAAAUGACUGGGACAUAGCAAUACCAGGGUACUCUUUAUAUAGGAAAGAUAGGGAAGGCAAGAAAGGGGGAGGGGUGGCCUUGUAUGUGAAGGAUAGCAUAAAAUCUAGCCUAAUAAAAGUUAGUGAGGCAAACAUAGAGUCCGUUUGGGCUACGUUAGAAUUUGGUAAUCACACAGUAACUCGUGUAGGUGUGAUUUAUAGGCCCCCAGGACAAAUUGAAGAGUUAGAUAAUCUACUAGUUGAGGAAAUAGCUAAAAUGACAAUGAAGGGGGAAGUUAUCAUCAUGGGUGACUUUAAUCUUCCUGAUGUAAAUUGGAAAACAAAAUUAGCUACUUGUGCCAGGAGCACAAAUAUUCUAAACUCCCUACUGGGAUUGUCUCUAAAACAAGUUGUUGAGGAGCCAACUCGUAAAGAGGCCAUACUAGAUUUAGUGUUAACAAAUGGAGAUUUUGUAUCAGAUGUUACUGUAGGUGAAAGUUUAGGAUCCAGUGAUCAUCAGUCAGUGUGGUUUAAUAUAAGAACAGUGACUGAGUCACACCACACAAAAACAAAAGUUUUAGACUUUAGAAAAACAGACUUUUCUAAAAUUAGAAUAUGGGUAAAGGAGUCAUUAUCAGACUGGAGCAAUUUAAAUGGAGUCCAAGAAAAAUGGGAUUAUUUAAAAGUUGCACUAUUGAAGGCAACAGAGAAUUGCAUUAGGCUUGUCAGUAAAAGCAAAAAAAUAAAGAAACCACUGUGGUACUCCGCAGAUGUGGCCAAAAUAGUUAAAAACAAAAAGUUAGCAUUUAGGAAUUAUAAAAAAACCCAGAGUGAGGAACACAAAAUGAUCUAUAAGAUUAGGCAGAAAGAGGCUAAGCAAGUUAUAAGAGCUUCCAAAUCACACACAGAAGAGAAAAUAGCACAGUCAGUAAAAAAGGGGGAUAAAACAUUUUUUAGAUACAUAAAUGAGAAAAGAAAAGUAAAACAAGGACUAGUUAGAUUAAAAACAAAAGAAGGAAGGUAUGUAGAAGAGGAUAAAGGUCAGGCUGACUGCCUCAAUGAAUAUUUUUGUUCUGUAUUUACAGAAGAAAAUGAAGGAAAGGGACCUCAGUUGAGAAAAGGGAUAAAUGAGUCAUUUAUUACACGUGAGUUUACAGAGGAAGAGGUUCUAUUUCAACUGUCAAAAGUAAAGACAAAUAAGUCAAUGGGACCUGAUGGAAUACACCCAAAGCUAUUAAAAGAGCUUAGUGGUGUACCAGCAAAACCAUUAACAGAUUUAUUUAACCAAUCAUUGUUAACAGGAGUAGUCCCAGAAGAUUGGAAGUUAGCGAAUGUUGUGCCCAUUUACAAGAAAGGUAAUAGGGAGGAGUCGGGCAAAUAUAGGCCAGUAAGCCUUACUUCAGUAGUGGGGAAAGUGAUGGAAACCAUGUUAAAGGAUAGGAUUAAGGAACAUCUAAAAACACAUGGAUUUCAAGAUCAGAGACAACAUGGGUUUACUUCAGGGAGAUCAUGCCAAACUAAUCUUAUUGAUUUUUUGAUUGGGUAACUAAAAUAAUAGAUCAGGGUGGUGCAGUAGACAUUGCUUACCUAGAUUUCAGUAAGGCUUUUGACACUGUUGCACAUAGAAGGUUUAUCAAUAAACUGCAAUCUUUAAGUUUGGAUUCCAAUAUUGUUGAAUGGUAAGGCAGUGGCUGAGUGACAGGCAACAGAGGGUUGUAGUCAAUGGAAUAUAUUCGAAGCUUGGACUUGUCACCAGUGGGGUACCUCAGGGAUCUGUACUUGGACCCAUUCUCUUUAAUAUUUUUAUUAGUGAUAUUGCAGAAGGUCUUGAUGGUAAGGUAUGUCUUUUUGCUGAUGAUACUAAGAUAUGUAACAGGGUUGAUGUUCCAGGAGGGAUAAGCCAAAUGGCAAAUGAUUUAGGUAAACUAGAAAAAUGGUCAGAAUUGUGGCAACUGACAUUUAAUGUGGAUAAGUGCAAGAUAAUGCAUCUUGGACGUAAAAACCCAAGGGCAGAGUACAGAAUAUUUGAUAGAGUCCUAACCUCAACAUAUGAGGAAAGGGAUUUAGGGGUGAUUAUUUCUGAUGACUUAAAGGUAGGCAGACAAUGUAAUAGAGCAGCAGGAAAUGCUAGCAGAAUGCUUGGUUGUAUAGGGAGAGGUAUUAGCAGUAGAAAGAGGGAAGUGCUCAUGCCAUUGUACAGAACACUGGUGAGACCUCACUUGGAGUAUUGUACACAGUACUGGAGACCGUAUCUUCAGAAGGAUAUUGAUACCUUAGAGAGGGUUCAGAGAAGGGCUACUAAACUGGUUCAUGGAUUGCGGGAUAAAACUUACCAGGAAAGGUUAAAGGAUCUUAACAUGUAUAGCUUGGAGGAAAGACGAGACAGGGGGGAUAUGAUAGAAACAUUUAAAUAUAUAAAGGGAAUCAACACAGUAAAGGAGGAGACUAUAUUUAAAAGAAGAAAAACUACCACAACAAGAGGACAUAGUCUUAAAUUAGAGGGACAAAGGUUUAAAAUUAAUAUCAGGAAGUAUUACUUUACUGAGAGGGUAGUGGAUGCAUGGAAUAGCCUUCCAGCUGAAGUGGUAGAGGUUAACACAGUAAAGGAGUUUAAGCAUGCGUGGGAUAGGCAUAAGGCUAUCCUAACUAGAAGAUAAGACUAGGGAGUAAUGAAAGUAUUUAGAAAAUUGGGCAGACUAGAUGGGCCGAAUGGUUCUUAUCUGCCGUCACAUUCUAUGUUUCUAUGUUUCUAUGCUCACUAUGUGGGAUAUUCUGAUUACCCUGCCCAUUUUUUAAUUACAGUGGCCUCCCUCAAUCUGUGGGCAUAUUUUAUUACAGUGUCUGCCUUUAUUCUGUGGCAUUUAUUUUCUAUUAAUAUUAUCAACCUACCAAUUUUUUAACAGUAUAGGUACGCACUCUGUGGGUUUUAUUAAUGUCUAGCGGGUACCCUGUCACAUGCUUUUCAUGCCGGUGUAGUUUCUUUAUAUAUUGCAGAUCCUAAGGUUUUAUAGCUUCUGCAGUGAUUCUUUUACACACAAGGAAUUCGCUCCAAAAUUCUAAAAGUUUUCAUCCAAUACUGUUGUCCCCCUGUUUUCUAUUUCUAGGUUAUGGAAAAAGUGUUCAGCAAUCUUCAUAAUUUUUAUAUGUGUAAAAUGUGAAUGAAACUCUUGAAUAUAAUAUUAAUUAUAUGGCUUCUAUUACCUUUUAACACCAUUCAUGUUGUGUUUUUGUUGUUGGUGUUUUUUUCGUGAUUGAAGCUGCGUUAGGUACAGGGCAAUGAGGGAGCCUAUUACAAGACGUACGGGCUGUAGAUGCAGCAAGUUUUAGAAACUCGCAGUUAAAAAACGAAAAAGAAGGAAGACUGGGACAGGGGUCUCGCCGCACCAUAAUUUGUGCUAUGAGGUUUUUAAAUUUCAAUUACCCUGCGUUAAAGCGGUUUUGCUAAAUCUGGUCCUCAAAUCAAUUUUACACCGAUCACUCUUUUGAUUUAGCAAUUUCACUUAUGUACUCCAUUGAGGCUUUAUGAGCAAAGGUCAGGGCGAUUACAGUAUGCCUUUCCAAUUCUGUAAUAGCUUUUUGAGGAAUUUCUGAGCUAUCACAGUAUCACUUUAUUUUUUUGUGGUUUUGUGAAAUGUGAGUGAGAAAGCACAGUGUAAUAAGCAUUCUAGCAACGUCCAUUUAUAUACCUAAAUAUGUAUACAGUACUCCUAUUUUACUUUAUUGUGCAGAUGUGUGGCAGUCUUUUGGACUGUAGGCCCCAUUAAAUGCUUGAAAUUACCCUUUUAUGAGUUGUCAAAAAAUACAUAUGAUCCAGGGACACCAUAUAUAUCAUCAAGCAGUUUUUAUUGGAACAAGAAAUACAAUGUUUCACCCUUCAGAGAGCUUUGUCAAGCUGACAUUUUUAUAAGUUGUGUCCCUUUUGAUUUUUCAGAGUAACACAUAGGUGUGUGUGUGUGUGUGUGUGUUUGUUAUCAAUGUAUAAAGGCAGUGAGGUUUUUUUUUUUUUUUUAUGGUGUGAUUUUCUGAAGUGGAGUUGCACCUUUUUUUCAGUUGUACACCUUUUGAAUAUAUUUAUUUUUGGCUAGUUACUGUUUAUACAAAGUAUCACAAGUCUGUAUUUUAAGCUAUUUUCAGUGUUUACUUUAAGAGAAUACCUUCUUUUGAGAACUUGCUUUGUGGUUCUUCAGCUGCCGUUAAAUUGUUGACCCAGAGUCCAAAAUUGGAAAAUAUGAUGUACACCUACUAAUAUGGGCCCUUCGUUAGCCAGAAAUAUAAACAUCAUCCUCUUUACACAAUGAAGAGAACUGUCCCAAUUUGGCAUAAUUUCUGGGGUGUUAAUUAAUGACCCGGUAAUGCUAAGACAUUUCUUUGGUUUGUAUUUGUUAUACUCCUCAUAAAUCAGUUUGCUCCAGCAGUUUAACAAAAUUGUCACCUGCAUUUAUUGCGUAUGAGUGGGCAUUGAUGAUAAACUCUCAACUUUUAAUUCCUGUUUCUAUAAUAAUUUCACUAUUCUGCAAUUCUCCGCUCCUAGUACACCAUUAGCAACCCAGACAGGCCAGGUGCUGUCCACGUAUAAUAUAUUCCUCCUUGCUUCUAUUACAUGUUUUAUAUUUUGCAAUAUUCUAAUUAUAACUAUUUAUUUUAUGGUACGCCCUUGCAUUAUUUUUAAUUCUUAUUAUAAUAGGCAGGAUGUACGUGUCAAAUGCCAUUGUUUUGCUGGACUGAAAAAAACCCAUUCUAAUAGAGAACUCUAAGUGGUAUUCAUCUUUUAUUUAAAAAAAAAAAGAAGAAAAAAAAAAAGGAUAGUUUAUGUUUUUGAGCUAAAUUUAAAGCUUUUAGGAUCUCUUUAUAUGGGAAUUGUACUCUGCAUCUGAAGAAGAGAGAGAUUUUUCCCAUCUUGGCUGACCCCUUCAUUAAACAUUGUGUGUAUGUGUGUAGCGGGUAAUCCACAGUACAGCUGACAUGUAAGGAAAGUCUGGUUUAUGGGAUGUACAAGGUAGUUUUGAAACAUGCCAUGAUCAGGUUAGAUGUACAGAGCUCCUUGAGGCAGGGCAGGAAGUUGAAUCACUAUUCUAUUCCACCUCACCUCUGCUGUGCAGGAUGUUUGCAUUUUCAUUGUGUGUUAUUUUUAGAUAGCUAUUUUUUUUUAACAUGUAUUAUUUUGUUUGUUAAUGGAGAGAAAUUGCGCUACAUAGAUAAACGCUUGUCUUGUUCAUCGGCUAGGUCUUUGCAAUUGUUUUAUAAUCUGUUUUAGUUUCUGACUGUGUAUAUUCUGUGUGUAGUAAAUUUAGAGCAGAUUGCAGUUAUAAUUGACCCAGCUACAGCUAAAUUCUACAUAAUCAACUGGUAAUCAAAACUCAAUUUAGUGAACAACCCCACCUGUUUUUGGUUCAGUAAAUGUUACCUGCCAUCUCUUUACGAACUUAAAUUCUCCAGAAAAGACAUUUAGCAUUAACUGAUGCUAGCACCUUCCCCACUUUGCCUGGACAAAUGUAGAAUUAAUUGAAUGUACACUAAUGCUGCUGAGUCUAGUAAGGAUUCUCCUAGCGCUUCCUGAGGGCUCCAAGCGCUCCAGCCGACACCAUAACCACCGCAGACUCCUUCAGAGAGCAAGACAGGAACAAGCUCUUACAAGAGCUUAGUAGUGACAUAGAAAGAGAGUAUGACUAGCAUAGCAAUCCCUUGUAGCAGAUUCCCACAAUAAGAGAUGGCACUCCAAAUUGAGGGUGAAGUCGAAUUCCGGUUUUUAAUGACACACACUCUACUUUUAAUGCAAUUCUCUCGUGCAAGGGAGAUGCCCACAGACAAUUAUGAAUUACCCAAUCACACACUGGUUACAUCCCACACAUCUCCUCCCCUUAGCCUGAGAGGUAACACAAUUAGCCAUACAGUUUAAAACAUACUUUUUACCCAACUUUCAUAACUCUAAAACUAUACAUCCAAUAUUAAUAAAAGUCACAUAUUAUUAAUCAGCAUAUUUCAAAUACAAACAUACCCAAAAAUCAUUUGAAUCCGUUCAGCUGUUCGGGAGAUAGAUAUAAGUCAGCUUUGACCGACCGCAAGCACAUUUUCAUGCCCAAAACAGUUCCAAAGGAUCAGGCUGUCCGGACGGUCUAUUUCCCAUGUUAAAGUCAGUUCAAACAGACAAACAACAACUAUUCGAAUUGUCGAAUGAACUGUCGAACGGCGUUCGAACUGUCGAAUGCAUUGAAGUCUGGAGAAGGUAAAACUUCAGCUGAAUUAAAGAUGGCCGUCGCCACGGUUGGCAAUUUACCUACAGCAGGCUCCCAGCCUGGGAGAUAAAUUGCCUGCACACUUCCAGUUCUGGGUGCUCCGCCUGUGUGGUAUUUGGUUCAGUAAGCCUCAUUUACUGAACCAAGUGGAAGAAACCCAGGAACACAGUAUAUUAACAGUUUGGGGACACUGGGGACAAAGUCUUAAAGAGGCAUUGUCCCAAAUAAGUCUGGGGACACCGUCUUAAAGGGGCAUUGUUCCCAAAAGUCGCAGUAUGUCCCCAGAUGGUACUUAAAGGGCCAGCAGCAGCAUAAUAAAAUACAAUAUGCCCAAAUAAUGUAUUUAAAGGACCAGAUCUCCCAGGGGCAAUAGUCAGGAGGCGGGCAAACAGGCUUCUCCAAUGCCCAGUUGCGAGGUUGGUUUCCCCACAAUGUGUAUGCCUUGUGCUCAUUGCACACAUUAUAGAGCAAAGAUGUCCCCUUGCCCUGAUUAGUGCAUAUAAAAAAAAGUCCCUUUUAAAAAAACAGCAAUGUUUAUGAAUGCUACAAGCCGUAAAAACUUCCAAAACAUAAAUAUCACAAAUUUCUAUCAAACCUACCGUGAAUGUAUUUAGGCAUUAUCUAAAUUAAAUGUUUAUUAAAGGGAUACUAUAAGUGCCAGGAAUACAAAGCUGUAUUCCUGGCCUAUAGCUUACUCUGCUUCCCCCUCUCUCACGUGCUCCGCACCUUCCCCCCCCUCCCCACCAAAGUAAAUAAAGGGUUAAAACAUUUUUUUUACCUCCAGCGUCAGUUACUGGACCAAAAGUCCGUUAGCAUCCAUGAAGCACCUCUAGCAUCUGUCUGGUAGACGGUCACUGGAGGCAGACUUAGUGCUGCAAUGUAAACAUUUCAGUUUCUCUAAAACUGCAGUGUUUUACGUUGCAGCAAUAAGUGCAAUAGGGACUCUGUACUUAAAUGAGCUGACGUGGUCUGGCUGCCUAUAGCGUCCCUUUAACUUUAAAUUACAAAUUUAAAAUUUACAUUUUUAAAUAUACUUUUUCAAAUGUAAAUGUGAUCUUACCCUUAUGGAAAAAGUGUGUGUGUGUAUGUAUAUGUAUAUGUAUAUGUAUAUAUAUAUAUAUAUAUAUAUAUAUAUAUAUAUAUAUAUAUAUAUAUAUAUAUAUAUAUAUAUGUAUGUAUGUAUGUGUAUGUAUGUAUGUAUGUAUGUAUGUAUGUAUGUAUGUAUGUAUGUAUGUAUGUGUAUAUAUAUAUAUAUAUAUAUAUAUAUAUAUAUAUAUAUAUAUAUAUAUAUGUAUGUGUGUAUACUAAGGUGGUAGUUAAAAACAAUGUGAUAGGGCUGCAUUGCAAAACACUUCAUUCAAAAACUUGACUCAACAUAAAUGUGAAGCUUCUACACAACCUUCAGAUACGAGAUCUUACAGUUUACACUAGCAUGAUGGAACAAUGUAUAUAUAUUGCACUUGUAUAAUCUUAGCUUUCACUCUUGUAGGUACACCUACAAUGGCUACUGGAUAUAUCUAAGCCAUAUUAAUCAUCCACCCGUUCCCAUUGAACAAAAGAGAUGUGACAACAGUCAUACUGAAUGAACCUUACUCUACUGCAGUGCCUGUUUCGCAGAACAAUGGACACUGCCAAUACAGUUAUGAGAAGCCACAGAAACUGGAUGCAUCUGGGAAGUUGGCCAGGGGGAAAUAGAUCCUGCUGUUAAAACUGUCCAUCAAAAUGGUGUCUCAAGGCAUAUCUUCAUGAACGAAUACUAUGAAUAGGGAUACACCAUUGCAAUGCGCUAAUAAUGUUUCUGUUGACUAAUCUUGUAUGUUGCGGUUUCCUGGUUUAAGGCUUUAUUAUCGAUCUCCAUGAUGUUACUUGUUAUAGGUUUUGGAACAGUUUUACAUUAUUUUAUGAACUGACGUUGUUUGGUAAUAGACAGAUUUUACUUCUUUGAUUUCUGUCCGUUUCAGUUACCCUUGGAAGUAUAGUGUAUCACUUUAUUUUCUAAUAAAGAAAUUCCUUCUGAUCUCUUCCAGGAGUGUUCUGAAGACCAUCGCGAUGGGACAGAUGGUGUCUCUGUUUAUAUGUGGCACUGCUGUUACCAGCCAGUUCCUGGCGGAAACGUACAAAGUAGACACUCCGAUGCUACAGAGUUUUAUCAACUACUGCCUCCUUUUCCUGGUAUACACAGUCUGGCUGGCAUUUCGAGCAGGUAUGUAUGUUAUGUAGCUAUAUAUUCAUUUUUUGAUAUCCAUCUGGCAGUGUACUCCUCAAGAAUCAGUGGCAGGAGUCAUACAUGGUCUGGCAUUGUUCCAUCAUGCUAGUGUAAACUGUAAGAUCUCGAGUCUGAAUGUUGUGUAGAAGCUUCACAUUUAUGUUGAGUCAAGUUUUUGAAUGACCGUUAAGUGUUUCGCAAUGCAGCCCUAUCACAUUGUUUUUAACUACCACCUUAGUAACGUGCACUUGUGUGGCACCUUCAGUGAGGUGAGGAGAAUUCUAUGGAUAACUUUGACAGUGUUACCUGACAAUCCAUUCUGUUUAAACUACACACUCUUAUGUUUUUUUUUUUUUUUUUUCAAUGACCGGUCCACUUCAAUAUCUGGAAAGACUGAGCAGGUAUCUUAAACCUGGGGAAAAAAAGUGUGUGUUCUUCCAUUUCACAGGCUCCCACACCCUGAUAUGCUUGUUUAAAUAUGGCAGCAAAGUCUUGAAACUAUUGCGUCUUUUAGAACUAAAACAUAAUCUGUUUUCAAAUAGUGUAUUUGGAGGCAGCUUGUGUUUUUAUUUAAACCUUUACAUUCUAGCGGUGAUGCUCAAACCAUUUAUCUGCAGUCUGUUGGACGCAACGUUGGCACUCAGCUAAUUUAUGAUGUAAGGUUCUGAUUAAUUUAAAAGAAAGAAAUGGGUCAUUUAAGAGAACAAUGUGACAGCAUAGGUAUGACAUCAUAUGACAAACUAAGCACUAAAGAAUCAGGAAACUUGGCACGUGCUUGAAUGAAUACUGUAGGAUUAUAUCGCUUGCAAAUUGGCUAGUGAGACAUUUGCCACAGUUUGAACACUUGCCAAAUGUCAGGGCAUCACACCCAUGAUCUCAAAAUGUAAUGCUCAACUGUGGCUCACACAGCUCUAUGAGCUAAUAUUUAGUACCUGUAGCUGAACGAGUGCAGCCUUUGUUAGUUAAGCAAUCAGAUGGUCAUGUCAGUGACAUAAUUCAAAGUGUACGAGACAUCUGUGCGUAUUGGCUGAUGAAUGAGUUCAGAAAGAGGCAAAAAUACAUGAGCAAAUGAUUUGUGAAGCAGUUUGCUUUAAAGAGAUAGAUAAAAACACCCAUGUGUAUGGUUGCAAAUGAUAAAUUGUCACUGCAUAAAACCAUAUCAAAUAUGCACAAGACUGGAGGCAUAGAGCUUUCUGAUUAUUUAUCUCAUAGAGGGGGUUGCAAACUGAUUCAGCUCUGAGUAAUGCAAUGAAGAGAAAACACUUUCUUUACAAAUUAAAAUGCCUUUGUAGAUUGGAAUUACACGAUUUAAUAGCAUUCUACAACUGUCCGCUCGUGGUAUAUAGCUCCAUGCAGGGCAGGGUCCCACAGUCCUGCUACUGCCGAGACACACAUCUAUAAAUAUAACAAAUGCCCCACCUAAUAACAUGCUUCAUGAAUUCGAUGAAGGCUUUAGAUCCCAACUGUGGAAACCUUUCUUUAAGCAGCUAUUUGUUUAUCUUUUUAUUAAAGUGUUCUGAGGUGAACACUUUCUAAAACCGCAAACAUGGAAUGUGAAAUGUACUUUAAAAAAAAUAAAUUCGUCCUGGUAAUUUUUUUUAAUUUUUUUUUUUUAAACCCAGAAUUUCUACCACUGCAUUUGGAACAAGAUAAAUAAUUAUAUUUUUUAACUGAACACAAUCUUUACUCUCAAGGCCUGAAAAUAAAUCCAGACCCCAGUGCCAGCCUUGACUUUGUAGAUAAAAAUACAAAUUCUGAUGCACUCGAAGAGCUUAAAUUAGAUUGGUAUAUUUUCAGAGUAUGCAGAUAACACGAUUUUAACCUUUUUUUGUGUCCAUGUGUUUUAACACGUUUUUAUGUAAUCUUAAGAUAAAAUGCAUUCAGAAAAUGUGAAGGUCGAGUAAUAUAGCUUCUAAGUGUGCACAUGCAAUCUUUAGCAGACCAGAUCUUUGGACUAUAGUGAUGGUUGGCCAGCCGAGGAUGUGACUAAGCAACAUGGGAUACAUAGUUUACAAAGAUAUUGUGUGUCAAGGAUAGUUAGGCUUAGAGCAGAUGUUCGGUUUUGCAGAGCGGACAAUGUCAUACAAUGCCCAAUUAACAUAGAGGCAAGACAAGCUGAAAUAUACUUUAACAUUUUCGGGUUUUCUCUAUUGGUUUAGUCAUUUUACCAAAAAUUUUAAAAAAGUAAAAGGGCAAAUCAAGGAAUUAAUAAAAAUCCAAUGCUUUCAUUUUGUCUUAACUCGACAGGAGAGAAUGGACUUCUGCAGAUAGUAAGAAAGAAGUGGUGGAAGUACUUAUUUUUAGCGAUAGUGGACGUCGAAGCAAACUACUCCAUAGUCAAGGCUUACCAAUUUACCACGAUCACCAGUGUCCAGGUCAGUGUCUCUUGUGGUCUUUUCUCAGUGGAUGAAAUUAACUUUUUUCCUUUAUUUUUUUUUUUUAAAUAAAACAUUAGUGACUUUAUCUCUUUAUUGGCUAUUUAAAGUGACAGAAUGAUAGCUAGGCAGCUAAAGUACAUUUAACAGAUUGUUCAUGCCAGUUUAAUGCAGCACCGCUAUUUGUAGUUUUACAAGGACCCCACCAAAGAUACCUGUCUGCUUACAUGGUGGUGAACGGGCAUUGGGUUGUUUGAAGUGAAAGAGAGAGAGGUUUACCAUAUGCAUAUCUCUCUGUUUAGCCCUCAUUCUGAGCCUGUAACUUUUUUUUUUUUUUCAACCCCUACUCCCACCAUGGUCAUUCUCCAUUGCCACUUGUUUUAAUUUUUCCUAUCAGAAUUUCUGCAAGGGGUUUAUUCAACCUCAUUUAGACAUUUAUAGUCAGUUUAACAAAUUGCAAAGUAGAAGUAAAAAUAAAUAAACUUUAAAGAUAAAAAUAAAAUAUAUUUCAUAACUUUUUCUUUUAAAAUGAACACAGUCCAUAAAUUCCAUAUGUACAAAAAUAAACUUCAAGAAUUUCUCCCCCCUGUUUUCUAUAUAUAAAAUGUGAUAGAGAUUGGGUGCUGACAGAAAGUAGGUUUGAAUGGAUGAGAUUGGAUGUUAGACUGGAGAACGUCUACAGGAACACUCAAUGGACCCUAAUUAAAACAGGCCAUAGUUGGCAAGUGGGAGAGCAUCCUGUUAUUUGAUGGUUGUGUUUGUAUCGGAAGGAAUAAUUAAGGGAGGUUGACGUUAAGGUCCCAUUAAUAUUAGACUUGAGCAUUUGCAUAGAAGUUGGUAAGUAGCAGUAUUUUUUUUUUUUUGUAUUUUUUUUAAUUAAUUUUUUUAAUUUGCUAAACCGUUAAUAUCUUCAUGAUUGAAAACUACAUUGAACUGCUGAACUACAUAUCCUAGACUGUUGCUGAGCAGAGCUUAAUGUGAGCUAUCCCAUUGGAAACUGUAGCAGAAUAAAGAUUCCUGCUUUAUGUAGUGGCUACAGAUUUGCAGAAAACAAUGAUUAUGAAUAUUUCAUAUAUCCGACGUUCACCCUAGAGUGUCCCCUUAAAUAGCGUUGCUUUUUUGUAUUAAAUGGUUUUUAUUUCGUUUACAGUAUAUGAGCAGACAUAUAUCGAGCUUGUAAAUUUGGUAUGUUAUUGCCUGCGCAGAGGCUCAGUCAGCUUCAUAGCAAUAGCGAUGCUUUUUUGUUUGUUUGUUUUAUACAUCAAUAACCAUUAUAUUUCAAUGCUUCUCCUAAACACAAUAAAAAAAAAAAAAAUGCUGUACAUUUUUCAGAAGCAUUUCUUAUCAAAUUGAAAUGUUAAAAGAACACAUUGUGUUUUUUAAAUUAAGAACAGCAAAUCCUCCUGUCAUGGUCAGCCAGCGAGCGUGUUUCUGAAUGGUCCUGCAUAGCAUUGUAGAGCUAACCCAAAUCUCCUGCAUGAGUAACUCAGAUGCAGGUUAAGUUCUCAAGCCAUGCUAAACAAUAUGACCUUUUCCUAUGGAAGAGCACCAUAACCACUGCAAAUGCACCAGCAGGGUGGUGGUGUAUUUUUAAAAAAUGUUUUUGCGUGUGUGUGUAUUAUGUUUAUGCAUGCAUGCCAAGGAAAGAAUAGCCAAUGGUUAAUAGUAGUUCUCCUAUAUUUUGUAUUUUAAAUUCUUGUACUGGAAGCCGCUUUAUUCCGUGUGUGUACAGAAGUAUGUAUCCUCUGUAUAACCUGAUUCUUUUUCAUCUCAUUUCAACAAUCUAGCUCCUGGACUGUGUUGGGAUUCCUGUAUUGAUGGCUCUUUCUUGGUUUAUUCUUCGCGCGCGAUACAGAUUGAUCCAUUACAUUGCUGUCGUGGUCUGUCUGUUGGGCGUUGGGACCAUGGUUGGCGCUGAUGUGGUGUCCGGAAGAGCUGCUGGAUCUGGUAAGAAGUAUUGCGUAUAGGUGCUAUCUGUUCUACAGGUGUUAUAUUGUCCUUGCCAAAUGUCUCACCUAAGGUUUUAUUGGGUUUCUUUGUGGUCUACACACCCGUUUCUGGCACCGUAACCACCACAGACAGCUGUAAUGGUUAUGGUGCUUGGAGUGUUAAUAUUUGUUCGUUUUUAUUAAAAAGGUUUGGGCUUAAAACAGCAAAAUUAACUAUUGUGCUCCUUAUUGUAUCUGGACUGUUUUGUUUUGUUUUUUUACUUUAAACACAUUAAAGCUGUUGAAAAGUACGUAUGGCUAACUGAUUUAGCCGCGAGAAAAACUGGAGUAAAAAAUUCACUGUUACUAUUGUACGUAUACUGUACAAUAUCAUGCCAUCCAUUAUGGCCCAGUAGUAAUCCCAGUGUGGCAGCCUGCUCACUUUUUUUAAACUUGGUAAAUUGUCAACUGUAGACACCUUCAGCUUGUGUUCUGCUAUAGAAUUUAGGACUGAAAGUACUGUUAGUGCCGAUACAUCACUGGGCGUUUUAGCCGUGUGACAAAUGCCUUUCUCCUGUUGUCUUUCUGCAGCCACAAGCAUGUUAAUUGGUGAUGUGCUAGUUCUCCUCGGUGCCUGUUUGUAUGCCGUAUCCAACGUAUGUGAGGAGUACGUGGUGAAAAACCUAACCAGAGAAGAGUUCCUUGGGAUGCUUGGCUUGUUUGGAACAUUUGUCAGUGGGAUCCAACUGUAAGAGGCUUUAUGACGUGUAUAUAUUUUUUAAAAUUAUUUUUACAAUUGUAUACAUUUUUUAUUGCACAAGGUAUAUUUAAGAAUACAGUUAUUACACAUGGUUAGAAGUUAAAACUUAGCUGUAUUUAAAAUGAUGCAAAGAUUAACAUGACUGAUAAUUGAAGGCUUGUAGUGAGAUGCUAACAUGCAUGAUGGUUCUUUUAGAGGUUCCGCAUUGGAGACCUUCACUACUGAGGUCCUUGGAGAUCAUGUGCACAUUUUACAAUUCCGUUUUAGUUCACUGCAGUUUGAGUGAAUAGGGUUAGGGUUGGUUAUUCUUCCAAAAGGAAAACGUUUUCACCUUUCGACUUUGUUUGUUAAAUUUAUUGACAUAUUUGAUUCUGUGAUGUCUUUCUAUUCCCUAUUCUGUUUUGUAAUCCAUGUAAGAAAAUCCAGCCUUUCUUGAUGUUUUAUAAACAAAAAGGGAAUCUACAAAAAAAAAACUGAAUUCGAAAACAAGCAUAGGGUAGUAUUGUAACCAUAAAUAAGUGAAUGUGUCUUUUAAGAUGCACUCACAAGAUUUUACUCAUGACCAGUGUAUCUCCCAAUUAGAGAUAUUCCACGUCAAAUGCUAGGAUCUUCCUACUGGAAUGCACUUAAAUGUGAAGAGAAAGGCACAAUACAGUGUGUGCUAUUUUAAAAUGAAUACCUUUUAAUCAAAAUUGGACUUACAGGAAUGUGUGUUCUCAGAGCUUAUCUCUAUGUAUGGAUUCCAUUUGUCCACAGAAAUAUGCACCCAUAAAAACAAUAUUAAAAAUCAAACACUAUUUCGUCCUCUCAGCCUCAAUGUCUUCGAGGUAUUGGGAGGAAUCAUGAGGUUUCUACAAGAGAGGUGUCAUUUUUCAUUUUCUUCACCGUUGGUAUUGACAAAGGUGUUAUUUUUGUUUACUGAUUGUUUACAUUUUCUUUUCUUUAAGCAUGAUUGUGGAAUACACUGCUAUUGGCAACAUACAAUGGGACUGGAAAGUGGGUAAGUGCCAAAAUACAUUUCAUCAGGUUGUGGAUUUUUGUAAAUCUGUCCUAUUCACUUGGGAAGCGUUUACCUAUUGCUGUCAAUUUAUAUAGAUCGGGGUUUCAGCCUGUGGAUUUUUCACAGCUGGAUGUACUUUAAUGAAGCAGAUGGGACUUCAGGACCUUUUCAAUUUCAGACAUUUUUCAUUCUUAAUAGGAAAUAUGGAUGCGUAGUGACUGAAAGGUUGCUUUAAGGAGUACCCAGGUGGAAAGAUAUUUUCCUCUUGACACUAGGUAAAAAAAUUCUGCUCCUAAAUUAUAUUUGUUUAAAGGGGCACUAUAGUCACCAAAACAACUACAGCUUAUUGUGCCUUCAGGCCUUUUGCAGUAAACCCGGUCUUUUCAGAGAAAAUGCAGUGUUUACAUUACAACCUAGGGACGUCUCCAGUGGCCACUCCUCAGAUGGCUGCUAGAGGUGCUUCCUGGGGCAGUGCUGCACAGUGUGACUGACAUUCAUUGUCUCCACUCUCUGCAUGGAGACACUGAACUUUCUUCAUAGAGAUGCAUUGAUUCAAUUUAUCUCUAUGAGGAGAUUGUGCUGGCUCUGCUCCUGAUCGGCCUGCUUGGCUGACAUCAGAAGUGAUUCACUGAGCCCAUCACAAUGCUAGGAUUGUGAUUGGCUCAGAGAAUCCCUUCUGAUGUCAGCCAAACAGACCGAUGAGGGGCAGAGCCAGCAGCUGCAGACUUGAACAAAAGUAAGAUUUUACUAAAUUCAGGAGGGCAGUAGAGAGGGGUAGGGAGACUAGAUGGUGGUUUUAGCACUGUAGGGUCAGGAAAACAUGUUUGUGUUCCUGACCUGAUAGUGUUCCUUUAAAAUGCUUUAAAGCAUGAGUGCCCAAAAGGUAGAUCCCCAGAUGCUUUAGAACUAAACCUUCCAUGAUGCGUUUGCAUUCUAAAGGCAUGCAAAGCAUCGUGGGAGUUUUAGAUCUACAACAUCUGGGGAUCUACGUCUACCUUUUGGGCCUCCCCUGCUUCUUUAUAGCCACUACAGCACAAGGGUGCCCCACCACCUCCCCCAAAUCUAAAUCCGUUUGCUAGUAGUUUUACUUCUUACCUCAAUGAAAGUCAGAAGCUGGCAGUGCAGGACUUAGCUCAUAUUCUGUGAUCGAUCAACUGAUGCUCUUUGCCAAGACUUGGCACAGGAAAGCCAAUGGAAGCUACUGACAGACCCCAGCUAAGGAAUCAAACUAUUAGCAAACAUUGGUGGAGCCCAGGACUCUUCUUGGCAUCAUAACCACUACAGAAUACUCCAGUGUUCCUUUCUUAUCAGCCCUAAAAGGAUAUGUUCUAUUGGGAUAUUUACCCUGUGGAGUGACUUGUAACAUGCACUGAUACAGCAAUUUCUGUGUGUUCCAGGACUUUUAUUUGCUGUCUUUGCACUCUGUAUGUUUGGACUCUACAGCUUGAUGCCCAUCGUCAUACGACUCACAAGUGCCACCUCUGUAAAUUUAGGCAUCCUCACUGCGGAUCUUUACAGCCUCUUUUUUGGCCUCUUCUUGUUUAAGUAUCAGGUAAGUCGCAUAUUAUCUGUUGACAUAGUCUUAAAUUAGAGGGACAAAGGUUUAAAACUAAUAUCAGGAAGUAUUACUUUACUGAGAGGGUAGUGGAUGCAUGGAACAGCCUUCCAGCUGAAGUGGUAGAGGUUAACACAGUGAAGGAGUUUAAGCAUGCGUGGGAUAGGCAUAAGGCUAUCCUAACUAUAAGAUAAGGCCAGGGACUAAUGAAAGUAUUUAGAAAAUUGGGCAGACUAGAUGGGCCGAAUGGUUCUUAUCUGCCGUCACAUUCUAUGUUUCUAUUCUACAAACACUGUGUGAUACGCGUAUCCCUUUAUGUACCAGUGGGUGUGCUACUCAUUGCAUAUAUCCUUGAAAAGGCUAAAUGGGUGUCAAACUCUUCAAGGAUCAGGCAAUUGUUAAAGGGGUGGGGUUUUUUUUAAGUUUUUUUUCUCUAGUUUUGCCGUGUCCUAAUUUACACAACGUGUGGUGUUGAUCUCCUUUCUACAAUAUGUUGCUUGAACCAAAGUCAUGGGAAAGAGGAGAUUCAUGUGUGUUAUUACCAAAUGUAAAAUAGAGCGUAAUAUAGAUUUUAAUAAUAAUCUUCAUUUUAGUUUGUUCCCUUGUGCAGUGGGCAUAAACUAGAUUCCAGUUUCCAUCGGGCACCUUCUAUCUUUUUCUGAAUAUCCAUGCUAAAUUAAAUGAGUGAUAAAGUACUCUCCAUCUGUUUUUCUUUCGAUAUGUCCUUUAGACGCUCAUACCUGGCAGACAGAGGGUUAUGUGGAUUGGAGAGACAAGCUGGUCACCAACAAUGAGAUCGCCAUAAUAGUAUCUUCUCAUUCCCACACUUUGUCGAUGUUUGGAAUGGCAUUAUGAAAAUAAUAUAAACAUGUUUGCCAUAUGGAAGGGAUUUAAAACAUUUGGCAUUUUGUGUGCCAAACAUUAGCCAGGACCUCCCGCUUAGGGUGGAAAAUUGGGGAGGAUGUUAACAUUUUAAUAUUCCAUUUAAAUAAAUAUACAAAUCACUAUUUUUUUAUUUUUUAUUUAGCUUGUGUCACAAUGUAAACUUUUUUCGUAAAUCAUUUUAUUUGCUAGUCGGUGAGUAACGUUUAUGCUUCCAGGGGAAUCUGUUUUUAGUAGCAUGGAGAAAUCUGUUGCUGCUUUUUGUAUAUUAUGUUUCAAAGCAACAGUUCUGCAAUCAUAUUCAUGUUCUUGCCUUUAUCUGCAUUUCUACAGAAUAAUCCUGCUGACCUUUUUUUUGGUUUUCUUUUUGAUAACGUUUAAAGGGCAUGUAAUACUAAAGUCUGUCUCCAGUAAAUCUCUACUCUUAGAAAUAGCAGGUCAGGUUAGUCUACUUAAGAUAAGAUAAAGAAAGAUUAAACUCAAUAUACAAUAGUGUAUAUAAAUGAAUAAAAACAGAAAAAAAUUUAAGCACUAGUAUAAAACAAAUUUUAAACAAAUUCUGUUAUGUUGACCCAUUCAUGUUAAGGAAUGUACAUUUUGCAAUGCCCUUCUAAUUGCUUUGUAAUCUUACCUUGCAGUUUUCUGUCCUUUACAUUCUGGCAUUUGUUGUCAUCAUGGUGGGUUUCAUUAUGUACUGUAGCACUGCAACGUACAGUGCGGAACCGGAAAGGACUAACCAGGGGCUUGACAAUAGUGCAAUGAAGGAUGAAGAAGAGGCAACUGAAGAACCAGCCACUGUCCUUCAAUACAUUCCUGCAGAACUGUCUACCCGCAUGGACUAAAUUGUAACCCUACUGCCUUCUCAAUUGCCCCUUCCAAUCAUCCCUGGAACCUGCUUCGACAUGAUGCCUUUACAAAAAAAGUAAACAUCUCAUUUCUUUUUUUUGUUUUAACUGAUGCAAUUUUAUACAAAGAAGCCUAAAUUAUUUUUUUAACAAACUUAUGUGAUCCUCAAAACAUAGUUCUCGUACUUCAUCGUAGAGACCAUGGCAUUUCAUUUUGAAGGAUAUGGUUAUUUUAUUCUGCAAAAGAAGAUUCUAGUUGGCACCCAUGACGCAAGUGACCCAGGCUGAAAUUUGGCUUCUGAAAUAUUGAAUUAUAUUGUUGGUUCCAGAUAUCUUUCUUGGACAUUCUAGGUGUGCAACCUAUGAAUAUAUUACUAUUUGUAUUUAUGUCAGCUGUGAGAGAUCACGGAUAAGACUUUAAGUGAUCUUAUCCGAAUCAUUGUUCCUAAACUGUUGUGGAAUCAGAACACUCCGUUUUUGGACUUUCUACUGUAAUGAAGUAUGCAAUAGUAUGCGGCACCAUGAAGUGGACCCAAAAAUUGUUACUUACUGGACUGUGUUAUAAGCAUGUCUCCAUCUAUCCAGUUUGGUUAAGUGUGACUUCUGAUAUACUAUGAUGGAACCAAAAUUAAUGACAACAUUCCUUCUGUUGCUUGCCAUUUGUGGUGCAGUAACUGUUAGAAACUGUUUUAAUGGUUUUAUUUUUAGUGCAUUUUAAAAAAAAAAAAUUUCUCCCUAUGUUUCCCAUGGGAUUUCCCAUGUUUUUGGAAGAUGGUUCACCCACUUCUGAUGAUCUCAAUGUAUAUACAAGUGUCCUUUCUAUUUCACAGGCUGCACAACCUGUUGCAAUGCUAGACAAACCCUAUAACAAGGUGCUAUUGUUUUAUGAAUGCGGUCUAAUUGUGUGAUUGCAGAAUGUCAUUUAAAGGGACAGUAUCACAAAAAAUUGUACGCUCUUAUACAAUUUACUGAGUACCGCAAGAAAAUGCGUUUCAUUCCAAAAUACAUUUUUUUUUUAAAAAGCCAUUUGACAGGAUCUUGUCAUUUCUGAAUUUAACCAUUUUUAUUUAUUAAUACAAUAAUUUUGUUCCCCCCCAAAAUAGUAUUUCAGGAUGGAUCCAAAUAAAAACUAAUGUAGUUAAAUUUCAUUUUAAAUGUGUUUUUUUUUAGAUUUUAUUUUAUUUUUGCUGCUGCAGUAUUUUAAUUCUAUUUUUUUUUUUUCUAAUAAGUGGGAGGCAGAAAAUGUGGGUGUUUCAGGCACACCUCUUUUCAUAGUAUGGAAAUAAAUUAUAAAAUAAAUAGUCAUAUGGGGGGGAGAAAGUACACUCUUUGAAUUUGAUUGUUUUACGUAUCAGGGCAUCGUAAACAUCAUCUGUUCUUUAGCAGAUCUUAAAAUUAGGUAAAUAGAACCUCCGAUGAACAGCAAUACAUGACAUAUUACACCCGGUCAUGAUUUAUUUAACAAAAAUAAAGCCACAAUGGAGAAGCCAUAUGUGGCAAAACAAAGUACUCCUUAUGAUACAAUAAUUUGUAGAACCACCUUUAGCAGCGGUAAUUUGAAGUUACCGUUUUCUGUUUGAAUUUCAGUCUCUCAUAUCAUUGUGGAGGAAUUUGGGCCCACUCUUCUUUACAGUGUUUCAUCAGUUCAUUUGUUUAUGCACAGCUCCCUUAAGGUCCAGCCAUAUCAUUUCAAUCGGGUUGUCUGGGGUCACUGUAUUGGGUCCAUGGGGCUUUCUUGCCAUGUGGUCCUAGCAUGUUGCUGUCCCUUUCGUGUUCAAUUCAUCUCAAAGUGCUUAUUUCAGAGAUGCAGCCAAGAGAUACAUUGUUCCACUCUCUGCUGCAGCUCUGAAUGUGUUUGGUUUAGAUUCGGUGGUGCAUUUGUAGUUGGGUCCUAUCCAUAUUCCUUACAUGGUGGUAGUCCUAUUCUGUAAACUUGUUUGGUGGAAUAAAAAAAAAAAACUAAGAAAAAGUUACUACUAUUCCAAAUCCCUGUGCAUAUUUACAUAAAUGGAGGUUUUUAGUUCCACUCCAAUGGCCAUUAGAUGGAAGCCCACCUGCCAUGUCAAGGCAAAGCUCUAGGUGGGUCCUACACUAACAAUUCACCUUUCUUCCUCUGAGACAGAGGGGUAUUUUUUGUAUACCCCUACAUACUUAUUAACCUUUAAUAGGAAACUUAUGGGAUGGACGGCAGCAUUGUAACAAGGUUGGGGUAGUGCGCAAGUAACUUUUAUUUAGUUUUUUUGCUGUAUAUAUUGGGUCUGAUGUGUACUAUGGUCAUUGCUGCCGCCCUGGAGUAGCGGGAGUUUGAGCGCAGGACUUGUUUUUGUGUAUUUGUUUGCUGGAAUUGCUUUAAUAACGCUAUUCUGUACUUUACAGAUGCUUUGAUAUAACUACUGUGCAGUUUACAUUUACAUGCUGACCUUAAAUUAAGGAGUAAUUGGAUUCAUCUUAUUAGAUUUACAUGGCGCAGUGCUUUACAAUUCUAAAAUGGGGAUAUUUUGCAACAAGUAUUUAACCUACACAAUAGUAUUGACAGAGACAAAAAGUGAAGAGGCCCUGCUCAAAUAAGCUUACAGUCUAGAUAGAUGCUUUCGGAGAAAUGCUAUCAGGCUCCUCACAAUGUCCCAUAAGGAGGUAUUUGAACAAUUAUAUUUAUACCUCUGUGAAGCAAGAGUGAAAAAAUAAAUUGUGUGAUUUUAAUUUUGUUGGAAUCCUUCAACAAUAAUCUUGGACGCUAUUGCUGUCUAAUGCAUUUAUGCAACUUUAUUAUUAUUUUUAUUUUUUUUAACACUACACUUUAUACUUUGGUCACUGUUAGUCAUUAUUGCAUUUUAUAUAAGAGCCAACACCGCACUUAUGUCAUUUUACAAAUACAUAUGCACUGUGCUGUGUGUAUCUAUAAUUAUGUUUCUGAUACUGUCUCUUUAAAUUAAUUUCUGGAACGAAUGUGGACGAAGUGCAUUUUAUGUUUUGUAAUGUUGAAUUAAAGUAAAAUUUCCAGAAUUUUAUAUGAAAGAAUCCAAAGACAAAUAGUGUACCUCUCAGGGAUGGUAACCUGCAUCACUACAGCUGCUCUCAACCUAAAAUGCUUAUCAUACAGUAUCUGUGUGUCAAUAGGAACUAUGUUUCGUUAGCAGCAAUAAAUACUUAAAAUUGAUAUUUUUUUAUGUAUACAAUUACUGUAUUGAAAAGUGCAUUAAGUACAUGUACCAACUGAAUUCUUUAUAUUGUUUGUAUGAAGUUCUGUAUUAAGUGCCAUUACUACUUGCAGUGUGCCAGAUGCAUUUAAAGGGACCUGCAUCAGCAUUUUAGCUUUGAAUGAGACCUUUGCUGAAAAAAGGAAAUCUGAAUUCCCCUCCCAUAUUUCACUGCUGCUCCUUUCUUAUGCUUUCCACACCUUCUCCAGGAGACACACUGAUCCAAUUCAAUCCAAUCAGUGUUAUACACCUGGUAAUGCUGGAAAAGUGCUUUGGGCAUGCUUGACAGAUUUACACAUGUGCAGUUGGAAGCUCUUCAUCUUGCAACAUCCUCACGGGGGGGAGAGAGAGAGAAGGAGCGAGUCUGAUCCAUGCCAUUGUGCAGAGCAGGCUCCAGUUUCGGUUUUCUCUCUCCUGCUGUUGCACAAUUAUACCCUGGUUCUGCCAUUAGUAGACUGGUCCAAAACGGAGAUGGGUGGGUGUGACCGAGCUCCUGGAUUCCGACCAAGUACCUCUGCCCAAUGCGCUUCCUAGCCGUUGGGGAGGAAGUCUGAAGCGCUUAAACCCCAGUCACCGAGGCUUGACUGGAGUCUCUCUGGAGAUUUUCCACCUACCAGGCUGCAGAUCUCCUUCCAGGCAGGUAUCGUCCCCUCUGUCUAUCCUGCUGCAGCCCUUCUUACAGGCAGGUAUUAUCCCUUCUGCCUAUUCCGCUGCAGCCCUUCUUCCAGGUAGGUAUUGUCCCCUCUGCCUAUUCCUCUGCAGCUCUGCUUAUAGUGCUUGCUAUUGCCUUUGUAAAGGCACUUGUGGCUCUGAGGCCUAGCUCUCUUGAUUCACCCCUGGGUUAGAGGGUUUGGGCAGCCAGCCAACAGGUACAACAACUCUGUGACUAGGAUCUCUAACAGUCCCCACAUGGAACAGUCCCCAGUUCCAAAAGGAACUAACAUGCAAACCUUUAUUUUACUUGGCACUAGCAUAUAUGCUUACUACAUCAAGCAUGUUGUGACAAAAUUAAUCAAAUACAAAUAACCAAAACAUACAGGGAAUUAUAAUAUAUUUAUAAAGAGAUGGGUAAGAUAAUAUUUUACACAAAAUAUCUCCUGCCUGCAGAAUUAGCAGUAUGCAAAUCUACCUAAAUAUGCAAAUUAACAAGCCUUCCUAUUCAGGUAGUGCAUAUAGCUGUUGCUACCACCAGAGGGCACUAUGCAAGCUUAAUAGCCAAAUCCACUUAGUUGGUAACAUGCAUCAGCAAGACAGGAGAGCACACAAAACAAUUAACCGUAUUCAAACACAUUAUAAACACUCUGCACCUAUAAUGGGCACAGGGUGACUUAGACAUACGAGCAAUUUAGGAACCUUUGCAAAUCGUCCUUCUUCCAGUGAUAAUUACUACUGUCACAGUGGGUAGGAGGGAACCUUCCCUAGCUGAGGCAUGACCAAUGAUGCAAUCUGGUUAAGUUUAUAAAUGUUUAUUUUUAUGUUUUAAAUUCUCCUGGUCAUUUCACAGAUUAGCGAAUAACCCUUUAAAAAGUCUCUAGUGGGUCUUUUUUUUUUUUUUUUUUUUUUAAAUCAGAACAGUGUCAGAAAUAGCUUUUGUUUUCUUCUCCAUGAUAAACAUGUUUUUAGGUAACUUGUCAUUGUUUUAUGGUGUCUUUCUUGUUAAAUGAUCGCAAUUAAAAU